UGUUCGCUGCCCCUUAUCUGUCCUGCCCUUCAGCGGAAAGUCGGACAAGUUUGCCCAAGGAUGCCUAGCUACCUUCCCCUCUCCCCACCUAACAAACUUGCAGCCAGCCGCUGACUUGACUUCAUCGGGAUAUAUGCACACAGAACGGCAUGCUGUGAAGCACUUAUCAAUUACCAUAACCUAUACAGCUAGGCUGCUCUUGACCAGAGUCUAACAACGCUGCUGGUGCUUAGAACGUUAACGUCACACGGUGUACAGCCACAUCUGAGCGAUAUCAAGUACAGUUUAUGGGACGGGGAAGGCACAUACUGACAAGCUGCCCUGUGAGAGAGUACCGCUCGUCACUGGAAUCCGUAUAAACACAACUACAUCACUCCGACAAGGCACUCAGAUUACAGCAGUCUACAGGAGAAGCUGACCUGGGGCGUAAUGGAUGUGUCGCCCUUCCCGCCGUGAACCUAAACAUCUGGCAGUUUCACUCAACCUAUCUGGAUACAUCGAACUUCUGAAAUUGCACAACUUGUCCAUUGUGUUCUGCACGAAGAAGCCCCGUUUGCAGCUCGUAGCUCUGGUCUUGUGGACUCAUCUUACUAAUGCGCUUGUUCAUCGGCUUCUUGUGUGCAACAAGUUAAACCCCUCUGUCAUGAUGGCGGAUUGAUUCCUCACUGUUGUGGUGACCCUAAUCAAGCACGUGCAUAUUGGGAGUCUUUUUUAGAGGAGCAGGGCGACGCUUAAUCGAUUUGACAGGUUUUCCAGCCGCUGUUGGCAAUAUAAACCGUCUUGUGCCACAGAGAAAGACUACAAGACAACGAAAUAAGCCUGCAAAUCAUUACAUAAUGCCUAUAUAGUACUCAUCAGCAGCUGUAAGGGAUGUCUACAGCUGGUGAGAUUGAUGGAAUUAUAACAAAUCCAUCCGUCGCCCAACUAGCGUUGCAGCCACCGAGGUAACCAAUGAAAGUCCAAGAUCUCUAAGACGACAGCUCGCUGGAAUUCUAUAUGAGAUUGUUUGUUCGGUUGAAAGGGCUCACAGAAUUCAUUAAUUGACCACCCAAAACUGCAGCUCAGUGAAAGACAAAUAUUGGCACAUUCCUAUGUGUUUUACUGAUCAUACGUCUCGUUUCAAGUGUUUUGGAAGACCAGCGGUGUCUCAGAACAACUCUUGGACCCCUCAUUUAACCCCACCCGGUAGGCUUGGUUGACGUGUUCAAGUACCAAGAGAGUCGAUCUCUCUGACAAGUAGAUAUAAUGAUAACAGUUUCUGGCGUCGUCUUUACCAUACAGGAGCUAUCUGCUUUGUGGGCCCGCUGAGUUGAUCUGUUCUAAUCAAGUACACCAGUGUUCUACCAUACAGUAAUUAUGAGUAGAAGAGCUAGUCUCUACAGCAAGCAGAAUCCUGGGAAACCCAGGGUUCGAUUCCCAGACGAACUAGUGUUUGAGGACAACAUUAAAGAAAAUGAUUUACCUGCCUUGCAUUCCAUGUUAAGACGGACCAGUCUUCAGAUGGACAUCAACGGGAUUAAUGGAGCAGGUCUGACGCCACUCCACCAGGCUGUCCUCGAUGGUAACCUGGCAGCAGUCACUCUGCUGAUCGAACACGGCGCUGACGUUAACAGACAAGAUGAGGAUACAUGGACCCCACUUCAUGCUGCAUGCGCAGAGGGACACGCAGAUGUCGCCGAGUAUCUCAUACAGAAAGGGGCAGAUAAGACCUUAAAGACGGAAGAUGGCGAAAGGCCCAUCGAUCUGGUUGACCCGACUGACUUUGACACCAUAAGCGUCAUGCUACGAGGACAGGUUGGCCAGGGACAGUGCGAUGACGAUGGUGAUGAUGACACUGAUGACGCAGUCGAUUCUGGUCAGUUAAAAACGUGACUUGACCAUUUCUUGUCCAAGGACGAUUUCUCAUUUCCUUGCCAGUGUCAUGUAACCUUCGCUUGUCGAUGGUUAACUGACAACGCACCAAACAUUCUUACGAAAGAAUCGCUGACCACCUGUGUGUCGUUGGUGCUAUCUGAUUAAUGGGCCAUUUAUUAUUAGUGGCAAAGAUUGGAGAGACAGGAUUAAUUCAUGUAGUAUAUGUUUUGAACCAGCUGUUCUCAGAGACGCUACAUAUUACAUUAGGUGGAUCGGCUUGAUUUAUUGGUCUGUAGCCUGUUGGAUUCCAGGGAACGUAAUGUAACCACUGUUUAUAUUUGCCACAGAUCUGAGACAAUUCUUUUAGUUUCCAGGGGUAAGAUACAGGGCAGUGUAGUGCACAGUCUGGUAUAGACGAUCGUAUUUUAUGCCAUCGCUUUGGGAUGGAAACCCCUUGCAAAUAACGCAGUAAUGUACCGAUAUAAAGCUUGUCAUGCACGAUUUCAAAUUUCACCCAAAUCUGAUUUCAGAAUUUCCAACUAAUUUAUUCAGUUGCUGAGCUUUUACAUUUCUGCCUAAGUUUAUAGGCGCCUUCUGGGGUUUGUUUGUUCGUUGACUUGUUGUUAAAGUUUGGCCCUAUCACUCGGGUGUAUCGUGGCCCAAACGGAGCCACACAUAUCAGCCUGUUUUAGUGCUCCUUGCCAUAAAUGCUGUGAGAAGCCAAAAGAGCAUUGGCGCCAUUUUCGGAUUGGUUGGUAGGCUUACGACUUUUUCCUAUACUUGCGU